AUGUGCAAGUAUCUCGGUCUUCCCUUCAAGCUAUCACUCGAAGCGACUCCCUACCAAUUAUCCUGGCCAACUAAGAUCUACAAAGCUGUUCGUGGCUACCAAAUUACAAAGGGAUUCAACCCCAAAACCACGGAUUUUGCACAAUCUCUUUGGUACCCUAUAGUUGAUGUCGUCCCUGCCGAGAACAGCUUCGAGGAUAUAAUUGAAGAACAGCACGAAAUGGAACUUGUAGAAUCGGGAAAUCCACCAUUGCCAACGGUCCACAAUGACUUGGGAUCAGUUCUCGAUCCAAACGGUUACGAUUGGGAUCAGGUAACAGCCGAUAUGUUGCAUUCAAGGAGCAGAAAUGGACGAAGAGACGGUAUGAAUCUGAAACUGCCAAAAUCAUCUUUGAGAAAGCUAGGGCAUUGA